CGAGCAGAGAACCGAGCAGUCCCGCGAUUCACGCGCACAGCAUUUCAAUCCGGACCUGCAGGGGUUCGAGCCGCAGCUGUUCUCUGCUACUGCGCGGGUUCCACGGCGACCCAUGAGAACUUUCAUCUGACUUCAUCUUUUUUAUUUUAUUUUUAUUUUCAGUCAUUCGUCAUUUUUUUUUUUCCUUCAUCAAAUUAUUGAAUUAAUGCUCAUCUUUUCCAAACUGCCUCAUUCCUGUUGGGAACUCUGGUAAUUUCCCCCAACUGCCUGAACGGAAUACCUCGAGACGAGCAUUUGUUUCACGCAUUUGGAAUUGGUACCUGCUUGGCUUGUUAUCCACACAGGGGAUUAACUUCCAUGCCUCAACGGACAUCCAACACAACGGCGGCGAACAGGGUUGACUUCCUCUGAGGGGAAUGUACGUGCUCCUCACGGCCGGUUGAUCGGAGAGUGCUCCACUCUGUCAUAUAUUUUACCGAAUGAGAAACUGCCUGCUAUCCGCGGUGCUGCUCUCUCUCAGGACUAUUAGAGGAGUAGCUCUUCUCAUCUGGAUGGUUCACUUUUAACCGGGUUCAUAUUCAACAUUGUUUUCCUCUGUCUCCUGGAACGGGGAUAUUUAGUUUGGAUUGUCACAAUCAGCUCUCCUCUAUUUUAUUUUAGUGUCUUUUUCCUUUUUUCAUAUUAGAAAUUCCCUCGAAACGGAAUUUGACCGUAAAGGUCAUAACGGACCAUGGGCGACACUCUGUGGAGGUAUUACUUUGGAGUUUUAGUCAUCGCGUGCAAGGUGAACCUGUCCCGCGCGCUCAUCCUCGACUCCAUUUACUGGAACACGACGAAUACCAAGUUUGUGCCAGGACAGGGUCUGGUGCUGUACCCACAGAUCGGGGAUAAGAUGGAUAUAGUUUGCCCACGUGUGGAUGGUGGCUCAAUGGAAGGAGUGGAGUAUUAUAAACUCUAUAUGGUUCCUCGGGAACAGCUGGAGUCCUGUACGGUCACAAAGGCGGACACACCUCUACUCAACUGCGUCAAACCAGACCAGGACGUCAAAUUCACCCUCAAAUUCCAGGAGUUCAGCCCAAACCUCUGGGGCUUGGAAUUCUUCAGGGGAAAAGACUACUACAUUAUCUCUACAUCUAAUGGAACGAUGGAGGGGCUGGAGAAUCAGGAAGGAGGGGUGUGUAAAACCAAGUCGAUGAAAAUCGUCAUGAAGGUUGGACAAAACCCCUCCGAUCCCAUUUUCCCCAAAGACUACCCCACCAGAUACCCCCCCAAACAUCACGAAAUAGGGGGCAAGGACACCAAAUCGAAUGAAGUACUUGACAAGCCUGAUGCAUCUCAUCAUGGAGAAGAAAAAGGAGAAGGAAAUAAAUCCUCUGUCAUUGGCUCAGAGGUCGCUCUGUUUGCUGGCAUCGCAUCAGCCAGCGUCAUCGUCAUCAUCAUUAUCAUCAUGCUGGUUUUCCUCCUGCUGAAGUAUCGACGACGCCAUCGCAAACACUCACCUCAGCACGCAACCACGCUGUCACUCAGCACGCUAGCCACACCCAAACGAGGCGGUGGCGGUGGCAACAACAAUGGCUCGGAGCCUAGCGACAUCAUCAUCCCGCUGCGGACUGCUGACAGUGUCUUCUGCCCACAUUACGAGAAAGUGAGCGGCGACUAUGGACACCCCGUUUACAUCGUACAGGAAAUGCCGCCACAGAGCCCAGCGAAUAUCUAUUAUAAAGUGUGAAAACAGACACGCUUUAUUUGUGACAUUUUAACUCUAACCCCCGAAAGCCCCUCGAUUACCCCCCUGUAGUUCAGGAUUGAUGCCUGAGCUCAUCCUUCCCCCUCGUGGUUGUCUUUUUUUGUUUUUUUGUUCUUGUUUAUUUUACAAUAUUCCUGAUUAUAACUCUCAGUAUAGAUGUUGCUGAUGGUGGAGUGAAGCUCCUGAUUCGCUGCUCUUGCACCUGCACAAACAAAACAAACAAAAUUAAAGACAACAGGAAACCCUUUGGGGCAUUGACGUGCACUAUAAUGGACACUAAGGAUACUAUAGUGUGUGUGUGAGGGAGUGUGAAUCAGAUGAGCAUGGGAGAGGGGGGUUGAGGGGGUGGGCAUGAAAAGAGAUUUUAUUUCUCUUUUAUUUCACUACAUCAUUCUCCCUUAAAGACACAACACGCUUCAAUAUAGGGAGAGAAGGAGAUGGAGAAGAGAAGUGAUGUGACAGUAUGAUGAACAUCAAGAAGUAAGACCUUAUUGGCUGAUCCAUUACAAAAAAAGGAAGUGAAUGCAGCCCAUUGGUCACUGCUACAAGAAAUGGAUUUAUCAAGGAAACAGAAAGCUGACAUCCACUGUUCAGUUGAUGUUCAGAGCUUACUAUCGGACAUUUGAAUGGACAUUAUCUGUUUUCGUGCAUUCGGUCAAACUUUUUAUUUUAUUUUAAAACACUCCUUAUUUCCCACCACUUUCUCUUCUACAAAAUGACUUUCACAGUGUUUACUUUUUGUAUGGUCAUAUGUCUUGCAUUUCUUUCUGUCAUUCCCAGUGCAGUCCACUUGCAGAUUUGUUUGGUAGAAGACUUAAUAUGUCAUAGAGGUCCUUUUGUGCUGGUAUUACGGGACGUUUCUGAGUAGUAUGGGAGACACAAACACAUUUCAUUUAGUAUCUUAGCUGCCAAGGGCUUGAAGAACGAGAGAGACAGUGAAGGAGAAAAAGAGAGGGAAGGUCAGGUGAAAUGAUGAAAAUGUUGGUACAGUUGUUGCUGUCCUGUUACCUGCUGGGAAGGUGGAGGACCCACAUGAACACUUUAACAGCACUCAGAAAGCCUCACCUUGCCCAUGUGGAGUACACACUCAAGUACAACACAUUUACAGCAUCAAAACAGUCAGAGACAACAGGGAGCAAAUUCUCAAAAAAGGCUUAUUGAGCCAUGAAGAAAUCUGUCAUUUUAGAAAGAAAAUGGCCACCUUCCCCAGGCAUGAUUGCUAGAGAUGUUGUUGCUGCAAAAACAGGCAAGAAUAUGAAUAAUUUAUUGUAAAUCUGCACAUUAUGCAAGCUAGAUAGGGUUGUCCUUUUUGUUAACAUAUAGAUUUCUCCAUUUUGCUAUUUGCUUUUUUUCCAUUGAUCCCUACACACAUAGCUGCCUUUUAGCCGCAAACACACUCUCACACAAGCACAUGUGCUCAUGGCCAGGGAAGGGGCGGCUUUGGAAGGAGUCCUCAGGGAAAACAGCAUGUUGGAUUUUAAAAUAGCCAAAAGGAAUGAGAGGGAAGGGCCAGAAAUGGACCAAAGGAAGGGCACGUCUAACGGAGUCCUGACUAAACCAACUUCUCCGGCCUGCCUGUCUCUCUUGAUGAAGCUCAGAUGUGCUCUGGGUUGAAAUUAGGCCUCCUAAUCUGGAUGGAAAGCUAUAGACGUGGGUUAGCAGGCAUACCAGAUGAGAAUGAGUGCAGGCUAAAUGUAGUAAACUGCAUGAAACAGGAUCUUUUAGGCUCAAAUUAUGGGAUGUUUCUGAAGGGGGAAAAAAAACACAUUGUCAUUUGUGACUGAUGGAGGUCACAAUGUGGACUUAGUAUCCCACAAUCCACAAUUUCAAAAGGAUCUCAAAUCUCCCAUGUUCCCUCUAGUCAGUCCUCUCUUAGUGGUUAUGUGUGUUGUUAUUCGUGCAAACCCCUUUCUAAACAAUUCCAGCCUACAAGCCCAUAUUCAUUUAUUUCCUACAUUGACUUCAAAUCUAAAUCUUGUUUAAAAUGUCCACAAAUUGUAUGGGGACAUUUGACUGCGCAUUGCCAUGGUUGCACUGUUAACUGUUCAUUAAUUUUGUUUUCACUUGUUCAUGGAGGUUCUUCAAUCUCACAGAGAAGCCAAGCCUUGUGUGAUCAGAGCUUUGUGCCUCUGUAAGAGGCCACAAAAUCUGCAAAUAUGCAAUUUUUAUUAAUUUUUAUAACAAUUGAUGGAAAAAAAAUUGAUGAUAUAGGUUCACCUAUGGAAAAGUGUUCUUAACCACUGAAAUGAGUGAAAAAUUAAAUGAAACUAUACAUCUUAAGAAAAUACAACAACCCCAGUGUGUUAUUAUUCCUUUUUUUUUUUUCUUUUUUUUUUACUUUGUGCUAUAGGUUCGAGGUAAACUGUGAAAACAUGCACACUAACACAUUUAGGAGACUGAGCAGUUGUUUUAAACUAUAGAAGACACUCAUUCUACAAAAAUUAAAAACAUGUUGCUGUUUGGUUGCUCCCAUGUGGGCUAAAUAUGACAAUCUCCUUAGUUUCUUUAAAUCUGGAGACACCUUCCCAGUGAGCAGGUUGCAGACAUUCCAGUAACAUUGUCGGAGUGAUUAGACUCAACGAGUAGCUGAGGAUGUUGCAACAAUGUUAAUGGAAUGGUUGCAAAACUCUGAGGGAAGUUUCUUCAGGCCACUGUAAAAUGCCUUGCUUGUAUGGUCACCCUGAGUUCACGAGACUCUAUUUUUUGCACCGUACAUCUGUAGGUAAGAGGCUGUAAAUACGUUAUUGUUUGUAUUGUAUAUGGAUCCCCAUUUGUUAUGAUAGCCUUAUUCUCACAUUUCUAGCAAAUAAAACAAAAAAGAUAAGAAAAAAAAACAUGAAUCACUUCAGUUUAAAGAGAGCAUACUAAUUUUUUUGGUAAAUAACCUGUGUAUAUAAUGACGAUAACCCAAUAAAUUGUUUUUUUAUAAACUCUUAAAGUAAGAUGUUUUGUAUAGAAUUUGAAUUUUUUGCUAUGUAUUUUAGCUAGCACUCGUCAGAACCCUCCCACUCAAUCCUUUUGCACUGUUCCCAUGGUGAUCUGGUUUAAAAAUGAAAAUGAGACAGAGAAUUGCCAAACUGACUGCUUGCUGCAUAUUUGUGCCAUAUGUGUGUAACAUAGAUAUUUAUUUAAUUAGUUCAUUUUUGGUUUUUGUUUCUGUUGGAUUUUCUACCCAGUUUGUAUGCAAUUUCAGUAUUAUCAUUUGAGUUUUUUCCAAACUUCUCCGUUUCCUGUUAUAAUUUUUUUUCUGUUGCUGUCGUUUCCCAGUGACUGACACGCCCACCCUUCUCUCCCAGUGAUAUCUGGUCAGGACAUGCAACAUUAUAAAAGUCAUAGAAAUUAAAUGGCACACAUUCCACCAGUCUGUUACAAACUGAAAAUGUUUUUCAAUAAAAUGUUUUUCCUA